AUGGAAGGUCAAUUUAUUGUAGAUAAAGAAAUUGGUUCAGGUUCCAAUAAAACAAAACCCACCAGGAUUUGGAUUGGUUUCGAUGACGCUUUCUAUGCAGUUGCUGGAUAUCAAAUCCUUGCAAAUGGUCGUAUCGUAUAUUCUCAAGACAACGCAAGAGAAGAAGCAUAUAUAACUUCAAAACUCACAAACUACCGAACAAUAAAGAAAGUAGAUGUUUCUCAAAGGACUCGACAUGAAGAUGUAUGGAGUCAUUCGGGAACAUGCAGAACAGGACAAAUUGUGAGUGCUCCAAUUACAGCAGGAAAAUCAUUUGAUUUUAAGCUUCGUUUACGAAUUCCUGUUAGAAGAUUCCUUCCAUUAGAAGCUAUUCGAUUUAUUCCAGCUUUUGCAGGAAACAUUCAGCUUAAAGUAAAGUUCAGUAGCGACGCCUUACAAUGCACAUCUAUAUCUGUAAAUGAUAUCAUUGCUUUCAAUCCAACUCUUAAAGUUGCAUUUGCUUCAGAUUCAAAUCCACCGACAAAUAAAUUUGUUCCAUGGAAUGAACCAUUCACUAUGAUAACGAAGGCAGUAGAAGCUAGUGGAACAGUUACUAUUACAACUGUAACCCAGCAACUAUUCGAACAAAGAUGGAUUUUAAUGAAUGUUUCAUUCAUCCAAAGUCAUUCUCUUUAG